AUGAAGACAGUAAGGCUGGGAAGGAUUGUGACACCUGCACUCAAAGAAAAAAGAAAAACAUAUGGCAUAAUUGUUGGCAUCAUCGAUGCAACCUUUGUACUUCUCCAGAGGAAGGAUGGAGAGAGGGAAAUGUGCUCUAUAUCUAAUCUCCACCUUGAGGAUGAGUCGUUUGACAUUAAGGAUCUUAGUCCAGAAGAGAUAGGAAAGCUCAUUCCAGAAAGCAUUAGUGAGGAGGAUACAACCAAUGAUUUCGAGAGAUUCCAGAUGAAGCUGAGGAAAAGAGUUGAGGACGAGCUCCUAAAGGAAAAGGGACUGGCAUGA